AGUCCAUUCACAACCCUGCUCUGGAUUACUACAAGGCUCUGUAAAGAAGCUUCUGCCUCGGGCUCCUCCUCGGACGACACAGCAGAGGAAUCGGUGGAGAGGCGGGGGGAGGGUUUCAUCAGGGGGUCUCACAAACAAACAGCCCGACGUGAACAAUGAAAAUGUCAUCAGCGGAGAUCAGCCAGGUGCUCAAGGAGGGAGAGCUGGAGAAAAGGAGCGACAACCUGCUCCAGUUCUGGAAGAGGAAGACGUGCGUCCUGACCACGGACAGCCUCAACAUUUACGCCGACACGCAGAAGCGCAACAGGGGCAAGGAGCUCAAGCUGCAGUCCAUCAAGAAGGUGGACUGCGUGGAGCGCACCGGCAAGUUCGUCUAUUUCACCAUCGUCACCACGGACAAUAAGGAGAUCGAUUUCCGGUGCUCCGGGGAGGAGCACUGCUGGAACGCGGUGAUCACCAUGGCUCUGAUUGAGUAUCAGAACCGAAAGGCCAUCGAGGACUUUAAAACGCGGCAGGACAAUGAGAGCGCGUCACCCGGUCAGCAGGAGAGGCGCAUGGCGAGGGCGCCCUGACGCGCUGCGGGACCAAACCACUCCUAAUAUGUGUCAAAAUGGACCAUACAUAAAUAUUAAGCGGACCAAAAGGAAGACGAGGUCACCCGGUCCAGAGAUGAAGGAUUGUUCGGGGCUGAGCUCCCGGGGAGCGAUGACAGCGGAUCUGCGCCGACAGACCGUUUUAGAAGCUCCACAAACCGGACUGAACUCUUGAAUUUUCCAAACUAUGUCAAAGUUUGAUGUCCUGAAAGAGAAAUGACUCCUAAAUCCAUGAUGUUAAUUUAUUUGUCUCCAGGAUAUGUUGUUACCGGCAGACAGCUGGUGUUGUUUAAAUUAUUUACUAUUUCAACGUGUGUUGAGUGUGUAUUUAUUUGAAUAAAUAUUCAUGAAUUUUAACA